AUGGAUCACGGCGACGGCGAGGGCCGCGUCGUGGCGGCGGCGAGCCUCGCGGCGGCGCGGCGCACGCUGCGUGCCGGCGUGGACAAGUCGCGCGCGCUGGGACACGCGCUGGCCCGCGCGGGGCCACGCCUGGAGGAGAUCCAGGCGGCGCUGCCGGCGCUGGAGGCCGCGGUGCGCCCGAUGCGCGCGCCGCGAGCCGAGCUCGCCGCCGCCGGGCCCCACAUCGACCGCGCCGUGGGCCCCGCCGCCGCCGUGCUCAAGGUGUUCGACGCCGUGCACGGCCUCGAGCCUCCGCUGCUGGCGCCUGGCACGGCCGGGGACCUGCCGGGGUACCUCGCCGUCCUGGCGCAGCUCGAGGAGGCGCACAGGUUCCUCGCCGACAACUGCGGGCUCGCCGCGCAGUGGCUCGCCGACAUUGUCGAGUACCUCGGCGACCGCGACCUCGCCGACCCGCGCUUCCUCGCCGACCUCGGGGUCACGCUCGACGAGCUCAGGACACCCCCCGCCGGCGACCUCGACGGCGGGCUCCUCGCCGCCGCACUCGGUAUCCUCGAGGCCGAGUUCCGCCGCCUCCUCGCCGACCACUCCGCGCCGCUCGCGCCGCUCGCGAUGCCGCAGCCCGGCGCCGCCGCUGGCUCGGCCGCGCCGUCCCGCGUGCCUGCCGCCGCCGUCCACAAGCUCACCCUCAUUCUCGAUCGCCUCGUGGCCAACGGCAGGCAAGACCGCUGCAUGGCCGCUUAUAUCGAUGCGCGAGGGGGUGUGGUCAGUGCCAGUCUUCGCGCCCUCGGCCUCGACUACCUCCGCGACCCGUCUCAGGACGCGCAGGCAUUGGGACCUGCUCUUGAGUCGUGGGGGCGGCAUUUAGAGUUUGUGGUGCGCCGUCUCCUCGAGUCGGAGCGGCAGCUCUGUGCCAAGGUGUUUGGGCAGCAUAAGGGUGCCGCGUCCGCGUGCUUUGCAGAGGUGGCGGCACAAACCAGGGUUCUUGAAUUCUUGAGGUUUGGCCGUGCAGUUGCUGAUGCCAAGAAGGAUCCCAUCAAGCUCCAGCGUCUGCUGGAGGUGUUUGAUUCUUUGAAUAAGCUGAGGCUGGACUUCAAUAGGUUGUUCGGUGGCAAAGCGUGUGCGGAGAUUCAGAGCCAGACAAGGGACCUAGUCAAGUUGUUGAUAGAUGGUGCUGUCGAGAUCUUUGAGGAGUUGAUUGUGCAGGUGGAGCUGCAGCGGCACAUGCCUCCCCCAGUUGAUGGGGGCGUGCCGCGCUUAGUUGCCUUUGUCGUCGAGUACUGCAACCGACUGCUUGGUGAGCAAUACAGGCCUGUAAUUGGGCAGGUGCUAACUAUCCAUCGCAGCUGGCGCAAAGAGGUGUUCAAUGACAGGAUGCUUGUUGACGCGGUGCUAAACAUUGUCAAGGCCCUUGAAGCUAACUUUGAUGUUUGGUCAAAGGCAUAUGACAAUGCUACGCUGUCGUAUCUCUUUAUGAUGAAUACCCAUUGGCAUUUCUUUAGGCAUCUGAAGGCUACUAAGCUAGGAGAGGUCUUGGGUGAUGUGUGGCUGCGAGAGCAUGAACAAUACAAGGAAUACUACUUGUCAAUGUUCAUCAGGGAGAGCUGGGGAGCACUUUCGCCGCUACUGAACCGGGAGGGAUUAAUAUUGUUCUCCAAGGGCCGGGCCACGGCAAGGGACCUGGUGAAGCAGCGCCUCAAAACAUUCAAUUCGAGCUUUGAUGAGAUGCAUUGCAGGCAAUCGUCGUGGGUUAUACCAGACAAGGAUUUGCGGGAGAGGACAUGUAAUCUUGUGGUGCAGACUAUUGUUCCUACCUACCGGAGCUACAUGCAGAAUUAUGGGCCACUUGUGGAGCAAGAGGGAAAUGCCAGCAAGUAUGUAAGGUACACUGUCGAUGGUUUGGAGAAGAUGCUCAGUGCCCUCUACAUGCCCCGGCCCAGGAGGGCUGUGAGCUUCCAGAUCAAGCACUCGAGUGGCAAUAUUGCCAGUGCAAUGACUGGGUUGCAUCGGAGUGCUUCUGCAGUGAAAUAG